AUGAGCACGACUGAUCAAGAGCUGCUUUUACGCUUCUUGGAAAACUUUACAGACAUUAACGUUAUUCCUGUAAAAUUGACCCCAGCGCUUCCCGGAUACUAUGAUGCUAUUGCAAGCGAUCCUGAGCUUUCUGCCAUUGCUUUGACCAAAUGCGAUGCAGUUCUGCAAGAGCUUGCCCAUCACAGUCCUGAGAUAGUAGCAAGAUGCAGUUCUCUUAGACAGGUUAUCGAGGCAUCCAAACAGCCUAAUAACCUGAUACAAGAGCAGGUGGACUUAAAGUCCAUAUCUGAUAUGCCUUUUUUGAGCCCUCAGCAGCAUAUGGCAAACUUGAUCAUUGAAGAAAUCGACCUUGUAGAUUACGUAGAUUAA